UCUAUUAAGUACCCUAGAAAUCCCUUUUCGUUUUAUUUUGUUUGUUCGUUUCAAUAGAAAGAGUAAAGGAGGAAGGAAAAGCAAAAGCAACGGGAAACCCUAACCAAGAUCUUCUUCUCCCUCUCUGCGUGUUGCUUCAACCGCCUAAGUCAUCCUCUCUCCAGCCACCACUGGGACAGACCUUCCUCCGCCAUCCCGUUAUUGUCCUCACCUGCGUGCUUUUUCAUUAACCACACGACACUCGAAGUUCCACCACGCCGGCGCUUCCAUCCUUCUGCGGUGGUGACCAUCCACGCGAAACCCACAACGUUGACAAUUUCAGAGACCUACACGCUCUAAACACCUUGGCGGCGACGUUUUCCACUCUUUCGGCGAGAUUGUCGAUGCCUCCCUAAUUGCCAACGAGCUGAUUGACCUCUACGCUAGAUCCAAAACCAAAGUUGUGAUCUUGAUUUUCGAAGAAGAAUGGCAACAUUCGAACUCUACCGCAGAUCGACAAUCGGAAUGUGUUUGACUGAAACUUUAGAUGAAAUGGUCCAAAACGGUACUCUUAGUCCUGAGCUUGCUAUUCAGGUUCUUGUUCAGUUCGAUAAGUCCAUGACUGAGGCUUUGGAAUCACAGGUGAAAAGCAAGGUGAUUAUCAAGGGGCAUUUACACACGUAUCGGUUCUGCGACAAUGUUUGGACAUUCAUUUUACAGGAUGCCUCGUUUAAAAAUGAGGAUUCCAAUGAGGUUGUUGGAAGAAUCAAAAUAGUAGCAUGUGACUCAAAGUUACUCUCACAAUAAGCUUUCAGACAUCAGGCCGAUUAUUCAAUGAAAUAUGCAUAAUUAUUUGGUGAUGAUGGAGGGAAGAAUAGUGAGUCAGUCAGUCACGUUGAGGAGGAAAUGGGGCAUCCAGGAAGAGAUUCAAACGUGAUUUUGUAAAUUCAGUCAGUUACACUGACCAUACAUUUGACUGUAAUUGGCUUCUAAAGUUGAUUAGAUGAUAACAUUGAUACCAUCCUUCUUCAAGUUCAAUGAUAAUAAAACAUAAUGAUGAUAUCUGUUUCAAUGUUAUGCUAUUAAUUUUCUUUUGUACCA